ACAACCUACCAGUUGUUGCAGCUGUUUCAACUUUCAAGAGAGAGAGAGUUUUAUUAGCGAGUGGUUGCUUCUGUAGAGAGAGAAGUGAAGUCUCAACUCUCAACUGUGUCUGUGAACUCUAGAGAGAGAAAGUGAGAAAAUGGCAACUGCUAUCAAAAUGGGAUCUCAGAAUCACCAUCACCACUCUCUCUGAUUCUCUUCUUCAAUCAAUCUUCAGUGUUACUCUGAAUACUGCUCGGCGGACGGGUAUUGUUUCUAAUUUAGUUGCCUCUUUUGGGCUGCUCUGAAAAGGCCUGAUGGGUUCAAGAUUCCCAUCUCAUCAGCUAAGCAAUGGCCUGUAUGUAUCGGGCCGUCCUGAACAGCCGAAAGAAAGGACACCGACAAUGAGCUCAGUUGCCAUGCCUUAUACUGGCGGUGACAUCAAGAAAUCGGGAGAAUUGGGGAAAAUGUUUGACAUCCCCUCAGAUGGCUCUAAAUCUAGAAAGUCUGGUCCCUUAAGUAAUGCUCCUUCUAGGACGGGAUCCUUUGCGGGCGCCGCUUCUCACUCUGGACCUAUCAUGCAAAAUGCGGCGGCUCGCUCUGCUUAUGUCACAUCUGGUAAUGUCGCUGCCGGAGGAAUGUCCGGUUCAGCCUCAAUGAAAAAGACCAACUCUGGCCCGCUGAAUAAACACGGGGAACCAAUCAAGAAAUCAUCUGGCCCUCAAUCUGGUGGAGGUACACGCCAAAACUCUGGGCCGAUACCUCCUGUUCUUCCUACGACUGGUCUGAUUACAUCCGGCCCGCUAAAUUCAUCUGGGGCUCCUAGGAAGGUGUCUGGUCCGUUAGAGACUACAGGAUCGAUGAAAUCACAUAGUUCCUCUGUGGCUCACAAUCCAGCUGUGACUACUCUUAGUUUAGAUGAUGAAUAUUCCUUCAAGAGGAACUUCCCUAAACCAAUAUUGUGGUCUGUGAUUCUGAUUUUUCUUAUGGGAUUCAUUGCUGGCGGUUUUAUUCUUGGAGCUGUCCACAAUGCCAUACUCCUUAGUGUUGUCGCAGUUCUUUUUGCUGUGGUUGCUGCAUUAUUCACUUGGAAUAGUUGUUGCGGAAGGAAAGCCAUUGCUGGUUUCAUUUCUCAAUAUCCUGAUGCAGAGCUUCGAACUGCCAAGAAUGGGCAAUUUGUGAAGGUUUCUGGGGUGGUUACCUGCGGAAAUGUUCCACUAGAGUCCUCCUUUCAUAAAAUUCCUAGAUGUGUAUAUACAUCCACAAGCUUGUUUGAAUAUCGAGGAUGGGAUUCAAAAGCAGCUAAUCCAAAACAUCGCCAUUUUACAUGGGGACUUCGUUCAACUGAGAGGCAUGUGGUUGACUUUUACAUCUCUGAUUUCCAAUCUGGAUUGAGAGCAUUGGUUAAAACAGGCUAUGGUGCAAGGGUGACUCCCUAUGUUGAUGAUUCCAUUGUAAUUGAUGUUAAUCCAGCCAAUAAAGACAUGUCCCCUGAGUUUCUUCAAUGGUUGGGAGACAGAAAGCUUUCUAGCGACGAUCGUAUUAUGCGAUUAAAAGAAGGGUACAUCAAAGAAGGUAGCACGGUGAGCGUAAUGGGAGUUGUUCAAAGAAAUGACAAUGUGCUGAUGAUUGUGCCUCCUCCUGAGCCUUUGACGACCGGAUGCCAAUGGGCGAAAUGUAUAUUUCCAGCUAGCCUUGAGGGUAUUGUUUUGAGAUGCGAAGAUACAUCGAAGGUUGAUGUCAUUCCAGUGUAGUUACCCUCCCUGGUAACCUCUUAGGCAUUCUUCUUUAAAGGAACAUUUCUUCCUAUGUCAAAAGUUGAUUGUGGUGGUGAUGGUGAUGGUGGUGGUUAUUUGUAUUUUGUAAGCAUAAGUCUUGUUGGUAAGUGUGAUGAUUCUACCAUUUACAUCGGUGAUAUUUUUUCUUUUGUUUUAAUUCAACUCCCUAGUUUAUUGUAUAGCUAAUGGAAAUUCUUAUUCAUUUAUUGUUCCUAAGAAUUUUGGACUUUCUAAUGGAUGUGGUUUCGUAUA